AUUAGUUGCUUGACCAACUGAUCAUCGUCUUAGUUCUCAAGGUUACCGACGCGCCUCUGGUGCGGCGCCAAAUUGAAAUGGAGCUCGGAGCGAUGGCGACUACCUCCGAAGGUAAUGCCAAGUCCAUAGCUAUCAGCGUCAAGUUCGCCGGGAAGUCAAUACGUGUUACUGCUCCCUGUGAUUCGACCGUCAAGGAUCUGAAGUCCCUUCUUCAACCUUUAACCAACGUCCUACCUCGCGGCCAGAAGCUCAUUUUCAAAGGGAAGGUUUUGGCAGACGAGAUGACUUUGGCGGCGUCGGAGAUCAAUAAUGGAGCGAAAGUGAUGCUUAUGGCUUCUCAGGGAUUGUAUCAAGGGGAUGGCCCUAUCCUGCUCGAAGCGAGGACUCGUCCCAGAGAAAGGAGCACGCCAAAUGCGAAGAAUUUGGUUGAUGAAAAGAAGCGUGUCUCCGUAGAUAAAAGCCGGUUUGAAAGAUGGAAGGCCACUGGAGUGAUAGCAUUAUCUGACUGCAAUUUGAAGGCAAUUCCCGAUGAAGUGUGGUCUUGUGAAGCUUCAGCGAGAGUAAUUGAUUUGAGCAACAACUCUAUUAAGCAUGUUCCUUCUCAAGUUAGCUGCCUAAGUUCAACGCAGAAAUUAUUACUGAAUGUUAAUGAGAUAUCCGAUGCAUCUAUAAGUUGGGACAGUUUAGCGUUUUUGAAGCGUCUAACAGUUUUAUCUCUGUCCCAUAAUCUGUUAACUACUUUGCCUUCUGCACUUGGCAGCCUGACUUCACUAAAGCAACUGCAUGUGACUAAUAACAAAUUGACGAGUAUCCCAGAUGAAAUAAGAUUUUUGACCCAACUUGAAGUUUUGAAAGUCAGCAAAAAUAGGAUAAGCAUUGUUCCUUCAACUGUGGGGGAAUGUAGUUCUCUUACUGAGGUGGAUUUGUCAUCAAAUCUUCUGUCAGAGUUGCCAGAGACACUUGGUUGUCUGCACAAUUUGAAGGCUUUGCAUAUCAAUCAUAACGGCCUAAGGUCCCUCCCUACUACACUAUUUAAGAUGUGCAUCCACCUCUCUACACUUGAUCUCCACCACACAGAAAUCACCAUAGAUCUCCUCCGGCAGUAUGAAGGAUGGGAAGCUUUUGAUGAACGUCGGCGUUCAAAGCAUCAGAAGCAACUAGAUUUUCGCGUUAUGAGCCAGGCUGAAUUUGAUGAAGGUGCAGAUAAACAUUGAUGCUUUAUGAUUUAUUGCUUUUAAAGUCAACAUGCAGCAACUGUCUCGUUUUUUCUGUAAAAUACAUUUGGUUAAAUUAAUGCGACAUUGGUCCUGCCAGAACCAGAAAAUUUCAGGCUUACAUUAGCUUCAUGUUAGAUUAUGGAAAUCGUUGGGGGUGAAUUUAGGUAAUCAUCUCUUGGCUUGGCUAAUUGUCAAAAUAUUUGAGAUGUAUUGUCCCGAGGUGUGGAGAUAGGGACAGAUGAUUCCAAUGGAGCCAUUCACGUCUUCUAAAGCUCUCACUUAAUCAAUUUAAGAACAGGAGAAUCUUCAAAUA